GUGCCGCCUUCGCCGCCGCCUGAGCCGCGCGGGCCGCGAUGUCGUCCCGGCCGGGGCGCGGCGACCCGGAGCCCGGGGGCGCGCGGCGGGCGCGGGAGCCGCCGGAGCAGGAGCUGCAGCGCCGCCGGGAGCAGAAGCGGCGGCGACACGACGCGCAGCAGCUGCAGCAGCUCAAGCACCUGGAGUCCUUUUACGAAAAACCUCCUCCUGGGCUCAUCAAGGAGGAUGAGACUAAGCCGGAAGACUGUAUACCAGACGUGCCGGGCAAUGAGCAUGCCAGGGAGUUCCUGGCUCACGCGCCAACCAAAGGGCUCUGGAUGCCCCUGGGGAAGGAGGUCAAAGUGAUGCAGUGUUGGCGCUGUAAACGGUAUGGUCACCGAACGGGCGACAAAGAAUGCCCUUUCUUUAUCAAAGGCAACCAAAAGUUAGAGCAGUUCAGAGUAGCACAUGAAGAUCCCAUGUAUGACAUCAUCCGAGAGAAUAAAAGACAUGAGAAGGAUAUAAGGAUACAGCAGUUAAAGCAGUUGCUGGAGGACUCCACCUCAGAUGACGAUGGGAGCAGCUCCAGCUCCUCGGAAUGUAAGGAGAGACACAAGAAGAGGAAGAAGAAAGAAAAGCAUAAGAAGAAGAAGAAAGAGAAGAAAAGGAAGAAGAAACGAAAGCAUAAGUCUUCCAAGUCAAGUGAGAGCUCGGACUCGGACUGACAGCCGCCCGGCUUGUCCGUGUUCUCGGCUCAGAAUCACACACUGCGGCCGAGAACAGAGGGCCUGGAGUCGGAGAGGGGACACCCAGGAGCACAUCUGGUGUCACACACACGAGUGACUUCUCACCCACCUUCCAGGGAAGCUGUGACCGCCCCCGAGAGGGACUGUGUCUUCCCAGGUGCCAGCUCUGGACGGCGCCGACUUCGGCAGGACAGGCCCUCCCAGUCCUCCCCCUGCUGGUCACUGUGGCCUGCGAUGCCUAGGAAGUCGGGGUGGCCGGACGACAGAGCCUCUGAGGACACUCCUCCAGGGCUGCCACCUCCACAGCGAGGCUGCUGAACUCCCAGACUUCAGGCUCGACUCUCGUCUGUUGUUGAAGAUAAUAAAAGCUCAUUAUUUAUUUUUCAAAUGUA